AUGCUCUACCUGGCUGCCCUCCUCUUGCACUGUCUCCCCUUGGCCAUGGGACAGUAUGACAUUUGCAAGUCCUGGGUGACCACAGAUGAUGGCCCAUCAUGGGAGUUCUAUGCUUGUCAGCCCAAGGCCAUGAGGAUGAAGGAUUAUGUGACGGUCCGGGUGGACCCGGCAGGAAUCACCUGUGGGGACCCUCCGGAGAGAUUCUGCACCCAUGAGAACCCCUACCUGUGCAGUGACGAGUGCGACGCCUCCAACCCGGACCUGGCUCACCCGCCCAGGCUGAUGUUCGACAGCGAGGCCGAAGGGCUGGCCACCUACUGGCAGAGCGUGACCUGGCGCCGCUACCCGGAGCCGCUGCUGGCCAACAUCACCCUGUCCUGGAACAAGAGCAUCGAGCUGACGGACGACAUCGUUAUCACCUUCGAGUACGGCCGCCCCACCGCCAUGAUGCUGGAGAAGUCUCUGGACAACGGCAGGACUUGGCACCCCUACCAGUACUACGCCGACGACUGCAUGGAGGCCUUCGGCAUGCCGGCGCGCAGGGUCCGCGACCUCUCCGCCAGCAGCGCCAACAGGGUGCUGUGCACCGAGGAGUUCUCGCGCUGGGCGGGCUCCAAGAAGGAGAAGAACGUCCACUUCCAGGUGCGCGACCGCUUCGCCAUCUUCGCCGGCCCCGACCUCAAGAACAUGGACAACCUCUACACCCGGCUGGAGAGCGCCAAGGGCCUGAAGGACUUCUUCACCGUCACCGACCUGCGGAUGAGGCUGCUGAGGCCGGCCCUGGGGGGCACCUACGUGCAGAGGGAGAACUUGUACAAGUACUUCUACGCCGUCUCCAACAUCGAGGUCACCGGCAGGUGUAAGUGCAACCUCCAUGCCAACCUGUGCACCUUCAGAGAGGGCAGCCUGCAGUGUGAGUGUGAGCACAACACCACGGGGCAGGACUGUGGCAAGUGCAAGAAGAACUUUCGCUCCAGGUCCUGGCGAGCAGGCUCCUACCUGCCCCUCCCCAACGGCUCCCCCAAUGCAUGUGCAGCUGCAGGUUCAGCCUUUGGCAACUGCGAGUGCUACGGACACUCCAACCGCUGCAGCUACAUCGACUUCCUCAACGUGGUGACCUGCGUCAGCUGCAAGCACAACACCCGGGGCCAGCACUGCCAGCACUGCCGCCUGGGCUUCUACCGCAACAGCUCCGCCGAGCUGGACGACGAGAAUGUCUGCAUAGAAUGUAACUGCAACCAGAUGGGCUCCAUGCACGACCGCUGCAACGAGACCGGCUACUGUGAGUGCAGGGAGGGAGCCACGGGGCCCAAGUGUGACGACUGCUUGCCCAACUACUACUGGAGACAGGGCUGCUUCCCCAACGUCUGCGACGACGAACUGCUGCUCUGCCAGAACGGGGGCACCUGCUACCAGAACCAGCGCUGCAUCUGCCCCGUGGGCUUCAAGGGGGUCCUGUGCCAGCAGUCUCGCUGCGAGGCCGACAAGAAGGACUGCGACGGUGCUUACGGCGCCCGCGGCAGCCCCAGCGCUGUCCUCCUGGCGGUGCUGGCUCUCCAGCUGCGUGCCUGGGUGGAUCUUUGA